UGCUGGGAGUAAGUUAUUUUUUUGGUUAACAGCUUCGAGUAAGUUUCGGGGCAAAGAAGAAGCUGUCGGUUUUCUGCUGCGCAAUGGUCAACUGUUGCUCCACUUGACAACAAUGACGCGGUUGCUUUGUAACUAAGCUAAGCUACGCCAAGCAGCAUUGACUGAGGAUUCCGGCUUAUAGUUAAAUCAAGUCUGCGAAUUUCGGAUUCCACAGACGAAAUCUGCGAGUUCUGUUUCUGGGUUUUGCUAUUUUCUCAGAAUUGUUGGAGGAGGUGGAAGGUGAAACAAUGGCUGCGUUGGUCGGAGGUGCUGCUUUGGGAGCUCCAUUCGCUGUACUGCUGGAUGCGAUAAUUGCAGAGGCAAAGAAGGUGAGAGCUUUCAAGUCGUUGUUCAAGAACCUUGCCUCAACGAUGGAGAGCUUGAUUCCGAUCGCCAAAGAGAUAGAUUCGAUGUAUGACAAGUUGGACUUACAGAAGAAAGAACUGAAAGAUCUGAUAGAUACGAUCGGAAGGGCUCAAAAAUUGGUUCGGGAGUGUUCGCAAAUCUGGUGGUUCGAUAUUUACAGCAAAUCCAGAUAUAGCAGCAAAAUAAAGAAAAUUGAUCAGGAUUUCCUCAGGUUUCUUCAGAUUAAUAUUCAGCUUCUAAUUUUUGAGAAUCUCUUGAAGACUAUGUGCUCGAUGAAAAGCGUGCAUGAAAAAAUUGAUCGCAUGAGAUCGGGCGGGAACCAGUUUACGGAUCUCUGUUCGGCGCCGGAGCCUGAAAGGGUUGCUGUCGGAUUGAAUCGGCCAUUGAUGGAACUGAAGGAGAAGCUUUUCGAUGACGGGACAUCAGCUGUCGUGGUGUCUGCUCCUCCCGGCUGUGGGAAGACAACGCUGGUCACAAAGCUUUGCCACGAUGAACAAGUCAAAGGAAAAUUCGAAAAAAUAUUCUUUAUCGUUGUGUCAAAAACCCCUAAUGUGAGACUCAUCGUACAGAAAUUACUCCGACACAACGGUUAUGAAGUACCUCCAUUGGUGAACAAGCAGGAGGCAAUUUUCGUCUUAAAAAAACUGCUGAAGCUAAUAGGAGAAAACAGCUCUAUGUUGGUUGUGUUAGAUGAUGUCUGGGUUGGAGCAGAGUCUCUGCUUGAUGCAUUUGCGGUAGAGUCACCGAAUUACAAGAUUCUCGUGACUUCACGAUCUGAGUUCCCGAGUUUUGGUCCUACUUAUAGUUUGGAACCUCUGAAAGAUGAAGAUGCUAAGACCCUUCUCAUCAACUGGGCUGGGAAACCAAAUUUUAGCUUUAGCUCCGAGUUUGAAGACCUUCUCCAAAAGAUAUUGAAACGUUGUAAUGGAUUCCCACUGGCAAUUGAAGUAGUUGGCAGUUCACUGAAAGGCAAAUCCCUAUCUUCAUGGAAAGGUCUAGCGGAAAAAUGGGCUAAAGGCGAUAAAAUUGUUAAUACUCCUCAUCCUAAGGUGCUAGAAUGCUUCCAACCUAGCAUUGAUGCCCUGGGCACUGCUCUUAAAGACUGUUUCUUGGAUAUGGGUUCAUUUCUUGAGGAUCAGAAGAUACGUGCUUCAACAAUAUGUGACUUGUGGGUGGAAUUAUACCGCCGAGGUGAAUACGAUGCGCUUGCCAAUCUAGAAGACCUUUCCUCCCAAAAUCUGCUGAAACUUGUUACUCUCGGGAGAAAUGGCCAUGAAGACGGCUUCUUCAAUGAGUACAUGGUGACACAACACGAUAUACUGAGGAAGCUGGCUAUUCAUAAUAGCGAAUUGGAAGAAAUCCCGGAAAGGAAAAGACUGAACUUAGAGAUACAAGAUGACACGUUUCCCGACUGGUGUUUAGAUCUAUCACAGCCUUUCAAGGCUCGUCUUUUGUCCAUUUGUACAGAUGAUUCAUUCUCUUCAGAAUGGGUUGACAUGGAUUUCCCAGAAGUGGAGGCUUUAGUUCUAAAUAUCUCCACUUUAAACUAUGGCUUACCCGGCUUCAUUGCUAAAAUGGAGAAACUAAAGCUUCUGACAGUAACAAAUCACGGGUUUUUCCCUGCAGAAGUGAGCAACUUCUCGUGUUUCAGAUCCUUGCCAAAUCUUAGACGGAUAAGAUUGGAGAAAGCCUCGAUAAGUUUGCUGGACGUCACCCAACUUCGACUUCCGAGUCUUGAGAAGUUAUCCAUGGUCAUGUGUGACUUCGGUGAGGUUUACUACGAAUUGGAAAUCGAUAUCUCUGGAUCUCUACCGAGAUUGCGAGAGAUUGACAUUGACUACUGCAUUGACCUCGAUGAAUUACCGUUUUGGAUCUGCAAAGUUGUUUCGUUGAAGAAACUCAGCAUCUCGAACUGUAACAAGCUCGCUACACUUCCGGAAGCCAUGAGCAACUUGAGAAACCUUGAAGUGCUGAGGCUGAGGUCUUGCAUUUAUCUCUCUGAGCUGCCGGAAUCGAUAACGGGACUUGGAAACUUGAGCUACCUUGACGUUUGUGAUUGCAUCGGUCUGAGGAGAUUGCCUCUGCAGAUCGGUGGGAUGCAGAAACUGAAGAAGAUUUCGAUGACAAAGUGUGGACGCUGCGAAUUGCCAGAUUCAAUAAGAGAUCUCGAGAAUUUGGAAGUGAAAUGUGAUGAGGAGACGGAGGUGAUGUGGGAAAGGUUCAAACCUGUUAUGAGGAAUUUGACAGUCCAUGUGGAGGAAUGCAAGCACAGCUUAAACUGGCUGAAAAAUCUCUGAUAUCAGUUCAGCAUUAAGUGUAACGUAAACAUCCUCAUUAUAUAUAAUAUACACUACGAUAAAAUACACAUUGCAUAUA